CUCCAUUUCCUUGGAACUGUCAAUUUGCAGAAAAAGUUCAUGCGCCAAUGCCCUAGCCAAAUCCUUUGAUUUGCUUGGUUCAGUGAGCAUCACUCUUUCGAUUUUGCGAUCCAUUGAGUACAAGAAAGGAGAUAAACUCGGUGGUGGAAUCCAAGUCAGCCACUGGCGGCGGCGAUGGAGGAACGAUUUUUAACUCAAAGAUGCGAGAGGAACGAAUUCUUUCAUAAAAUUUUCUGAUGUAGGGUCAUGGCAGUGCUGUAGUCCGUUGAUUUUGAUUCUACAAGAUUUCAAUCGAAGGACAUUUGAGCAUUUAACGCCGGAGCUGCCUUCAGUGAUCACUGUGUACACAUGGCGUUAUUGUACAAGAGUCUGAGCAGGAGAGUCCUACUUACAUCUGCAGCUAUGAAAAGAAGAAUCACAACAGAUGCACGGCAGAUUUUAUUGUCUCCACCUCUCAUAUCCAUUGAUUUUCCUGAUAUUUGGAAUAGUUCAAGCUGUCUUGAUUAUUCUUCCACUGCUACAUCGUAUGUGUCUGUUGAUCCAAUGUUACUAGCAGAUGACCCGCAGAGUACAACAGUAAUUGAUGGUAGGGUGAUCGCUGAUGAAAUUACAUCAGGAAUAACUAGUGAGGUGAGGAGGAUGAAGAAUUCUAUGGGAAAGGUUCCUGGCUUGGCUGUAAUCAUGGUUGGCGAGAGAAGGGACUCACAGACUUAUGUUCGCAACAAAAUAGCUGCAUGUGAAGAAGCUGGAAUCAAGUCAGAGGUUUCUUCUUUGCCCGACAAUUGUACUGAAGAUCAAGUUCUUAAUGUUUUGUCACAUUUUCAUGAAGAUCCAUCUAUUCAUGGUAUACUUGUGCAGCUUCCUCUACCUCAACAUUUGGAUGAGAGCAAAAUUCUAAGCUCUGUGCGCCUAGAAAAAGACGUUGACGGCUUUCAUCCACUUAACAUGGGGAAUCUUGCUAUGAGAGGUAGGGAACCACUUUUCUUACCCUGCACUCCCAAAGGCUGCAUUGAGCUGUUGAUCAGAUCCGGUGUAGAAAUAUCGGGGAAGAGAGCCGUGGUGAUUGGAAGAAGUAAUAUUGUUGGAUUACCCACGUCCUUGCUGUUGCAGAGGCACCAUGCCACUGUCAGUAUUAUACAUGCAUUUACUAGGAAUCCUGAACAGAUUACUCGUGAAGCGGAUAUAGUGGUUGCUGCUGCUGGAGUCCCUAAUCUGGUUCGUGGUAGUUGGCUAAAACCUGGUGCAGUGGUUAUUGACGUGGGGACAAAUCCAGUUGAGGAUCCUAGCUGUGAGCAUGGGUACCGACUAAUUGGAGACGUUUGCUAUGAAGAGGCAUCAAGGGUGGUAUCUGCUAUUACGCCAGUUCCCGGUGGAGUCGGACCGAUGACGGUUGCUAUGCUAUUACUCAACACACUGGAAUCCGCUAAGCGAACAGUUUUACCUAAACCUUAAUGUUAUUCCUACAUAAUGGCACUCUUCUGCAGUUUUGGUUUCCUUUGAUAUGUUCAUAAACGACCAUCUUUGAACUGUAUUUUGUUCUUCAAAGAACACGAUAGGAACAAGCCUGGUUUCCAUGCUCAUUCCAUCGUAUUAUGUCUGAAUUUGCACUUGA